UCCUGUCCCAAACGUCCCACAAAAAAGGAGCUGCCUCACACAGUUACAGUAGUUGUAUCCCAUUAAGUAUUAAACUGAGGCUGUGCCCAAGUACCACACAAGUCUAAUCAAUCAAGUUUUAACUGUUGGUAUUUAGUAGCUACAAAUAAGAAGUGAUGACUGUGCAGGAGGCACAUGUAGCCAGUUGUUCACCUGCUCUGUGGUUGUUUAGCCAUUGCUCGUGCACACAUCCAUCUGUGGGGGGACGUGAAACAGGCUGUCUGGGAAACAAUGCUGAUGUGAUGCGUGUCACAAACAAAGAAUGAGCAUUGUGUUUGAAUUCUGGCCAUUUCCACUCUAAUCCUUCCUUCUCGCUCUUUCUUGCUUUGUCUCUGUGCUCUUCUGGUGCCUUCGCCACCACCUUCUCCUCCUCCUCAUUAUUUUUUUUCUUCCUCCCACACAUCUGGGUCACUCGCUGGCCUUGUGGACCCACAGCAGGAUGAAUACCACAUGAUGCAUCUCGUAUGUACCUCUCAUAGUCCCCCCGGCUCGCCCAUGCCUCGGAGUCCUUCCAGCUCUGCUGCUUCUGAUUCGAGCAGUUCAGAGAGUGCUGGCCCCACCUCUCCUGCCCCACAACCAAAUCAGGAAAGUCAGUCAGCCUCUUCCUCCUCCUCCUCCUCUUCUGACCCAGCGAGUUUUGAUGGGCUGAGAUACCGUGCUGGCUUUCCCCAAUAUCCUCAGAGCGCCGGUGAUGUCCCUCAGUGGCCUGAUGCGGCCCAGGUUCCCUUUAAUGGUGGCCUCCCUGCCAACAUGCCUCCCCACCCCAUCUACAUGCCAAUGCAGAUGCUGUGGUGGCAGCAGAUGUACGCUCGUCACUACUAUAUGCAAUAUCAAGCAGCAGUAGCCGCCUCUCACCCACCCAGCACCUCCCCUCCCUCUUCCCCCUCGCCAUCACCCCAUCAGCCUGCCCAGCCAAACGCUGUGCAGCCACCGCUGGGACCUAACCCGGCCCCCAAUGCCUUGCCAGAGAACCAGCCAGCUAACCCCAUCCAAAUGAACGCUCAAGGCGGGGCUGUCCUAAAUGAUGACGAGAUGAACCGCGAUUGGCUGGACUGGCUUUACACAGUGUCUCGCGCUGGCGUCCUGCUCAGUAUCGUCUACUUCUACUCUUCCUUUAGCCGCUUCAUCAUGGUGGUUGGCGCCAUGUUGCUUGUCUACUUGCACCAGGCUGGUUGGUUUCCCUUCAGGCCAGAGCAGCAGAACUUCAGAGGAGGAGAAAGAGCUCCACAGGAGGAAGCAGAGAGACACCGUGACAUCCAGGAAAUGGAACGACUGAUGGACGAAGGUAUGGAGGAUGACGACAGCGGCGAGGAUGGAGGUGGAGGAGCGGAGGAUCAGGGCCGGGCUGCUGCUGCUCUCCGCGAGCCGAGUUUCCUAACAGUUGCCUGGUCCUUCAUCAGCACCUUCUUCACCUCAUUAAUCCCCGAAGGACGGCCCCACCCAGACAACUAGGUAGACCCCAUUGCCUCUAAAUAACCCCCCCCCCCCCCCCCCCC